UUCACCUAUUCAGACAGAGAGUGAGCAGUCAGCGCGAACAAAGCUGCGGCAGAUCGUGCGCUGAUUGGUUACCGGGUACGGUGCCAGAGGUCCACUACAACAGAUGGGGUUCUCCUCUCGUCGCGCAGACGCCACGCAUGCAAGCCCCGGUGCGUGCAUGCACCGAUUGUUUCCUAUGCCCGGGUAGGGCGAACCGAGCAGGGAACGAACAGACUGAGCGACUCACGGUUUACGGUUAACGACUAUCCCACCCGAAACCCAGCGUGGCAGAGAAGAACCAAGCCCAGUUGAUCGUUUGUAAACAUUAACAACUAAAGCCCGAAGAGGUCCUGAAAAUCACUACUAGCAACUCUGUCCGCUGCUGCUGAAGACGUAUGCAUUGAAGACGUAUGCAUUGAAGACGUAUGCAUUGAAGACGUAUGCAUUGAAGACGUAUGCAUUGAAGACGUAUGCAUUGAAGCCUGCUUAAUUACCUGCCUGCCCGCCGUGCUGGAAUGUCAUUUAGAUAAACGGCAGAAAGGACACAGUAGCUUCAUUGGGCUCCUGCCUGGCUGUCUUCAGGUAAACUCCUCUGACUGGACCCUGAGGACUAACUUAUUGUGUGUUUGUGCAGCUAGCGGAUCUCUCUCUUUCCUGGCCUACCAGCAUCAUACAGAUCUUAGCACGCUCCUCUCAUGCUGACUGAGAAUGGAUAACAUGCAGGAUGGGGUUCAGAUUGGAGACAACAAGUUCAUCAGCAAGGCAACAGUCCUGUCCCACCUCAAAACCUACAACCUCUAUUAUGAAGGACAGAACCUGCAGUUGAGACACAGAGAGGAGGAAGGGGAGCUGAUCGUGGAGGGCUUGCUGAAUAUCUCCUGGGGCCUGCGUCGGCCUAUCAGUUUGCAGAUGCAGGACGAUCACGAGCGAAUCAGACCUCCCCCCUCGUCUACAUCCUGGCACUCCGGCUGUGCCCUGGAUAAUCAGAGCAGUGAAGAUACCCAGCAGACCCUGCCCAACAUAGAAGUGACAGAGCACGAGAGCCAAUCCGAGGACAGUAUUGUGAAGGCGGAUGAGGAAGAAGAGGAAUAUGAGCGCUCCGCCCAGCUGCUGAGGACGAAGAGCGAUGCCGGGUUUCUGAGGAAGGCCCAGCGCCGGUCGCCUAGCGACCAGAGGAGGAUACGACGACACCGUUUCUCCAUCAAUGGACACUUCUACAAUUACAAGACUGCAGUCUUCACUCCAGCGUAUGGUUCAGUUACUAACGUGCGGAUCAACAGUUGUAUGACAACGCCCCAGGUGCUACGAGUGCUACUUAACAAGUUCAAGAUUGAGAACAGCCCAGAUGACUUUGCGCUGUACCUUGUACACACCAGCGGGGAGCGUGCAAAGCUGAAGCGCAGUGACUACCCCCUGGUGCUGCGUGUGCUUCAGGGUCCGUGUGAACAGGUCAGCAGAAUCUUCCUAAUGGAGCAGGACCUGGGAGAGGAAGUCACCUAUGAUGUGGCGCAGUAUAUUAAGUUUGAGAUGCCAGUGCUGCAGAGUUUCAUCACCAAGCUGAAGGAGGAAGAGGACCGGGAGGUGCAGAAACUCAGGAGCAGGUAUACAUUUCUGCGGUGUAUCAUUGAGAAGCAGCUGCGUUGUCUUCCUGAGGGGACUGCCUGUAUGUGACCCGGUCUAGGGAGGGAACACCAGAUCUUCCCAAAAUCUCCUUGACCUCCUUAGCUACCCCUCCCAACCCCAGAUGCCAUCCCAAGCCCCAAACAGGAGUGACCCUGAGCCACCCCGGGGAGAGGCAUCCAUUCUAACCUCGCUUUAAUCUCUUCCAAGACCUCUAUAGGGACAGUGUACUAAUUCUGUGAGCUGGGUUGUGUGUGGUAACUUCCUAAGUUGAGGUUGGGGUCAUUAUGAAACAUGAUGUCUGCUCUUUCCGUCCAUACCAUGAACAAACAGUACAUAUCCUCCUUGCUGUCCCAAUCCCUCUCUGACACACCUGCCUCUCUGUCGUGAUAUCUGCAUAUUAACUGUAUCCAUAUCAGCAAUAAUAAUGGUUAAUAAUGAAGGUAAGGUUUGGCACUUUUCUCUUGUGGGUCUGUAUGGGGCAUUUUAGACUGUCCCAUGUCCUAUACCACUCAGAUGCAAAAUAACCUAAAGCACAUCUAAAUCUCUUUCUUAGUUCUACUGAGUUAGAUAUAUCUAUCUCUUUCUAUCCAUUAUUCUCUCUACCUCUCUCUCCUUGCAUAUUUGUAUUUUCUAUUUUUGGCCAAAGCCCCAUUUUGCCACCUGCAGAUAACUGAUCUCCCUCUCCAAACCAGAACCUGCCUUAGACUCAAGAGUGGCAUCCCACACUAGAUGAGAUUCUCACCCACCCAGUCAGUCGGUAGGGGGGUUGUAUGACUCCUGUCCUGUGACAGUAUGUGGUGUUGAAACAUGCCUGUCACACAAGUGUGGUACAGUACUAUCUCCAUGAUCAGCUCUACAGAGGCAGGAACUGUAAUGUAACUUCAUGACUGUUCUUGCCACAGUUAAUCUAAAACUGUCUCCUAACCAAUUCUAGUGGAAUGGAAAAAACAUGUAUUUCUGCUACCUGUGUAGUUUUUUUUCUUACCUUUAUUUAACUAGGCAAGUUAGUUAAGAACUAAUUCUUAUUUACAAUGACGGCCUACCGGGAACAGUGGGUUAACUGCCUUGUUCAGGGGUAGAACAAUGGAUUUUUACCUUGUCAGCUCGGGGAUUCGAUCCAGCAACCUUUCAGUUACUGGACCAAUGCUCUAACCACUAGGCUACCUGCCACCCCAUACCAGGGUCAUGCCAGGGUUAUAAUCACAUAGUGUAGUAUAGUGUGAUAUGACCGGUGUGUCUGCUCUACUAGCAUAGCUAGAGACUGAAGCACAAAACAUAGAGAGGACCAGAGUUCCUUAAGAUUGUGAAUUAUGUACAUGAUGAAUCAACUACAAUAGCUCAAACGAGGGAAUGUUUUGUGUGUGUGUUUGUGUUUGUGUUUGUGUGUCUGAAGCAGUACUUACUUUCCUGGUAGAUAUUGAUCUGUGUGACAAUGUGCGUGUGUAUGACUGUAUACAGUACUUUGAGAUGUGGUACAACAAUUCUAUUACACCUAUAUCUACCCUCAGCUUUUAAAAGGUUGCUGUAUAUUGUCUGUGAGCGAGUGUGAGCGUGUGUGUGUGUGUGCAUGUAUGUCUGUCCUUUCCAUUUCUAUGGCUCUUUCAAGACUGACACCAUUUAUUUCAUAAUAAAAUAUGUUAGCUGUUUUAAUGUUGCAUUCUGACUCUCUCUUCAAAGGCACAUGCCACUAUUUAGAAAUGUAGCUUUUUACAAGAAUGAUUAUUUAUUAUUAUUUAUUAUCCUGGUUGUAUAAUACUUACUUAAUACAAAGCUGUAUGAUAUUACUCUGUAUUAUUGCUGUAUGUUUUGGUAGGCUUGCAGUAACUGCAGGUUAAACACACACAGAGGUCGUUUUUUGAGUAUCUACUCUGUUGGUGGGUUAGGUGCUGAGACACACACACACACACACACACAGGCUCUCUUUGGCUAAGUGUACUGCUAAGUUUGCAGGUAUUUCUGUGUUGUUGGGGCAUGGGCUUACUGUAACACUACAGUGUUAGCAGGGAUGAGCAUCAUUUGUUUAUCCUGCUCAGCCAAUGAGGAGGUCAGAGAUAGAUCCCCUCUCUACCUGGCUGAGACCAUUUGGAGGUUGAAGAGACCCGUCCCACACUCUCUCUCUCCCAGACAGUCACAGGAAUCCCUGACGAUCACACACACAAAGGAGAGAGCCAAAAGGACAACAGAACAAGCAACGGACAUCCUCUUGACACAUCUGUGAUUUUCCUCAGCUCUUUGUCAACUUCUACAGAGAAUGAGGAUUGUUGGCCAACGGAGACUUCUCCUCACUGUGGCAACCUGCCUGUUGCUCCUAGCAACCGUCUGCCCCACCUCAGAGGCUCGCCGUGGUGGGGGCUUCGGUCGUAGUGGGGGCUUCGGUGGGGGGUGGGGCGGUAGUAGCCGUGGGGGUUACCCUCGUCAAGGUGGAGGCACGGGAUACCGACCAAUGCCAUCCUCGAGUGGACAGGCAUACCGACCAAUGCCUGCCCAGAGUGGUGGCUCCAGUGCGGGGAAGAUGGCAGGGGCUGCUGCUGCUGGUGCCGUGGGGGGAGCAAUGCUGGGCAGUGCGUUGAGUCGUCCUGGCUACGGAGGAGGAUAUGGGGGUUAUGGAGGAGGUUAUGGAGGUGGUUAUGGAGGCUAUGGAGGAGGCUAUGGGGGGUACCCCAGAGCUGGAGGGUAUGGCCCCAGGCCUGGUGGCUAUGAAGGUCCAGAGGGCUCUGGGGAUAUGGGGUACUACUAUGGAGCAUCCAGUGGGCCCAUCUAUAACAGCAUCAUCGUCAUCAUCGGGUCACUAAUGUCAUUGGUGAUGGGGCACUGGGUGGGAGUGAUGUAGAGAUGGAGUGAAUAUUUGGAUGGAGUCACGACUAAAGCUCUCCAGACCAAGACCAUAUGUAUAUAAAUGCUCUUGAGACCCAAACCAAAACUAGGCUCUGACCAAGAUCCAGAUCAAGACCUUGGGCAUUGAGUCGGAAACAAUGACCUCGUUGACAAUAAGAUCACAGUUCCAUCUGUUCUGACUCACAGGUAUCGUGGGGCAAAUACACUUCCUAUAUAGAUCCCUGAUGCAGAAAGACUCUGAUGUGAAUUCUUUGUCAACUGAUUGCACACAAAAAAUGUUAUUUUUCUUUUCAUGAGACAUUACACAACAUAAAAUAUCUGGUGUGUGAUAGAUGACCUUCCGGUCAAGCACUUACUACCUCCAUGAAGCAGUAGUACAUGAUUUACUUCUCUUUACCAUGGUUGUUAUCAACAGUUUAAUAUUGCCAUGCUGCAGUAACAGUUUACUUGAAAGACUCACGCUAUAACUCAUGUUUCACUGAUUUCAACCCUUGGUAGAAUACUGGCAGCUUUUGGAUGUGGAUUUGUAAAUGCUGUAUAUUGUUCUAAUCUAUUAAUUAUAUUUUGUGUCCAUUACUUUUCUUACUUUAUUGAAAAGGAUGUGAUUCUGGGUGAGUGGAGUGUAUUAACACCAUUAUGAACCAGGUGGUUUGAGCCCUGAAUGCUGAUUGGCUGAAAGCCGUGGUAUAUCAUACCACAGGUAUGACAAAAAAAUAAUAUUUUGUGGUCUAAUUACGUUGGUAACCAGUUUAUAAUAGCAAUAAGGCACCUCGGGGGGUUUGUGGAAUAUGGCCAAUAUACCAAAAGGCUGUAUUCAGGCACUCCAAAACUGCCCUUAGCCGUGGUAUAUUGGUCGUAUACCGUAACCUUUUGUGCCUUGUUGCUUAAGUAUAAUACACAAUAACUAGUUCCAUGUUCUGUAUUGGUGUCAUUUGAUGAAUCUGAUGUAGUUUUCCUUUCGGGUUUCUCCAAUAAAAACAUGGGAGACAGA